AUGGCGCCCAAAUCGUCCGACCGGUCCGCAACCCGACGACUGAUCAAGGAGCUCGAGACGUGGCACGCAGAAGCGAAAUCCGAGACGGGGGUCGAGCGGCUCGGGCCCGUGAACGAAGGGGAGCUGCUGCAAUGGGAGGCUGUAAUCAAUGGCAAGGGUAUAGGGGGUGGCUAUGAUGCUGGCCGCUGGCUUCUCGAGAUCAAAAUCCCACCCACAUAUCCGCUUCACCCGCCGACGGUACGCUUCGUAACGCCCGUGGUGCACGCAAACGUGAACCUCGCCGACGGAGAGGUGUGCUUAGACCUGCUCAAGGAGGCUUGGACGCCAGCCUACAGCGUUCUCGAGACGGUCCGAGCCGUAAGGCUGCUACUCGCGACGCCUGAGCCGGAUUCGCCGCUCAACGUUGACGUCGCGGCGCUGGUGAGGGCCGGGGAUGCCCUUGGGGCUGCCAGGCUGGUCGAGUUUUGGAUCACGGAUGGCGGUGGGAGAUAUGAUGGGCCUUGA